GUUGUCACAUGGAAAUAUAACUCAGAGACUUGGCAGACGACAGCAGAGCCUUUCAAAAUUUCUAAUUUAAAAACAGUAUGGACCCUCAGAGAGUGACGACGACGACGGAGAAAGAUGUGAAAGAUGCGUCUUCGCCAGCAGAAGAGUGUCUCGCCGCUGAAACCACUAGUUCUGUAGAGGAUGUCAGUCUUGUGGUCCAGCUGAAGGAUGCUACUGUGGGUGCCACAGAAACAGAGCCCAACCUGGAUGAGUUGCCCAGCGCCAGCCAACAGGGCGCCAUGCCUGGUCGUUUGAAUCACCUCAUCGAUAUGCUCGACAAUUUUACCAUCCGUCUGGAUGUAAUCGAGGAGAAUGUACGGCGCGAGGAUCAGGAACUUAUCGAACCAGAUUCAGUCACAGUGAGGGUGGAUCCUGGCACGGCGGUGAUCAUUCAGAUACCAGAGAUGGCCUGCGAUCUGGGCACCCAGACGAAAGUCACCAGGCCGCCACAUCGUCAGCGUGUGGCAUUGAAAGCCAUACCGCCACCGCCUCCGGACAACCAGCCGGACACGAGGCCACCCUGUGAGCGCACCCACCACACCAUACAGAUCCGAGCGAAUAGUAAUCCUGCCAAUGCGGUGCCGCAGCAGGGUCCACUCUCCCUGGGCGCUCGCGUUGUGCGAGCAUUGGGUGACUUUGGGGCCGCCUUCUGUCUGUGCCUGCAAAUCAACAAGGAUUGCAUCUUCUGUCUGGGCUUCUUUGUGGCCUUUGUUGUGAGUGCCAGCUUCCUCACGGCCUUCUUCUAUCGCACCCUCCACCUAACGUCCACGGCGGCACGCGCAGUCGGAGAUCCGUUCGCUGGUGCUACGGGCUCCUACGAUGUGGCUACGAUCCGUUUCAAUGGCGGCUUCUACUACAUCUACAACAGACAGCGGCAGCACUUUCAAUGAGCACACUUUUUAUGGGAUAGUCUUUGAGGGAUUUUACACUAAAAUUUAGUCCGAAA